AUGGAUGGCAAAUCUGUUGCUGUUGCUGUGGUUCUCUAUCUGGUCUUAACAGCAGGGUCAGAAGGUAAGGCCCUGGCAAAGACAGAGGAAAAGGGCUCCCAAUGCCUGUGCAUAAGCACUCACUCCAAGUUCAUCCCUCCCAAGGCUAUUAAGAACGUGAGAUUAAGCGUGCGCGGACCUCGCUGCAAAAAAGAGGAAAUCAUAGUUACACUGAAAGAUGGCAGACGAGUGUGUUUGGAACCUUCUGCUCCCUGGGUCCGGCUCACUGUAAAGGCUAUAUUGGCCAGGGCCAGAAACAAUACUGAACCACCUAUCAAAGAAAAUUCACCAAAAAAUACACCUUGGAGUUUUUCAAGGACCUGA